GGUUCCGUGGCAACAUAGUCCGAGGUAACAUAGCUCGUCGGUUGCUCAACAUCAUCACCCGAGCUUGCGCAAAGCAGUUUACGGCCCGCCGCUCCCAUUUUCGAAGCACCAGGAGAUUCCAGCAUAUCCCGGCCGGCCGUAAGCGGCUCCUGCUGAUUGCAUCGCUUGCUUCCCGCACGCCCACGGCGUGAAAAUAGCCGUCACGGCCUCCUCUCCUGCUCUUUCGAACUGGAGACUGAAGUAGUUUCUCCGCUCGCUUUCUUUGCGGCUGCGGUUCGGUAUCUUCCAAGAGAUUUCAAUCAAGCUCGAACCUUCCGGAUAUUUCCGCAGGUGGUUACGCAGGUCCAUAAUCUCUUUUAUUCGACUAGAAUCCUUUCGCAUGGCUGGCUCUUCCGCCGCCAUUCGUGCUGCCCAGCGGCGGCUAUUACCAUCCGCAGUCGCUUUCUCGCCAACGUUAGAAUCCUCGCCUGCUCAGCGCGGGAGUGAAGGAAGGGGUGUCCUGGCACCGUUACAAUCGCUUCUCGUCCCCGUUGCCGCAACGUCUGCUCGCCCCCCCGUUAUUGGCACGUUCCGUCAGUCCCCCGUUACGAGACCCACGACUCCUUGCUGUCGAGUUACUGCCACGUCACUCAGCUCGUUCGCCGCGUCUGGCUACGUGGGUGAUGUCGCUGCCACGUGGCCAUCCAGGAGGCGCUACUCGGUCGACGCGGAUCCACGUGGCGGCGAGCUGGUGCGCCUAGACCACCUAACAGGGGAAGACGAAGGCAUCGCGGUUUUGACUCUCAACCGCCCUGCAGCCCGCAACGCCAUCAGCAGGCAACUGCUGGCAGACCUGUUGCAUGCAAUGGGAGAAGUGCGGAGAGCAGUGGGGGCGGGAGAGCAUGGACUAGUGGGGCAAGGGGGGGGAGGAGGGGGAGCGGGGGAGUGGCAGGUGCGGACAGGGAGUGAGGCCGCGAAGAGUGGGGGGGGUGAUGGUGGCGAUGUGCGGGCUGUGAUUAUAAGGAGCGCAGUGGAGGGAGUAUUCUGUGCAGGAGCAGACCUCAAGGAGCGCAAGAGCAUGACCAUGGAAGAGGCAGAGGCGUUUGUCAGCAGCCUCAGGGGAGCAUUCUCUGCCCUCGAGAAUCUACCUGUACCAACAGUGGCAGCAGUAGAGGGAGCAGCACUGGGGGGAGGGCUGGAAAUGCUUCUAGCAUGUGACAUUAGAGUCGCAGGCUUCAAUGCCCGCUUUGGCCUGCCGGAGGCAUCGCUCGCCAUCAUCCCAGGGGCGGGCGGCACGCAGCGCCUGCCCCGAUUGAUUGGCGCCGCCCGAGCCAAGGAGCUCAUUUUCACGGCGCGGGUUGUGCGAGCCGAUGAGGCGCUCUCCCUUGGUGUUGUGAGCCAUUGUGUGCCAGCAGGGACAGCAUACGACACAUCUCUUGAUAUCGCGCGAGCCAUUCAACGCAAUAAGUGUGCUGCUCAAAAGUGUGCCGCUCAAAAGUGUGCUGCUCAAAAGUGUGCGGCUCAACCUUCCCCCCCACAUCCAUCCACACCAUUUUCCAUCCGUCACCAUGCAUCUGAGGCGACUUUUGGUUUUGAGGCGCCCCAAAAACAGACACCUUUCCCUCCACAUCUAUCCCCAUCCACAUCAUUCUGUAUCCCCCAUCAUUCGUGCGAUCUGACUUUUGAGUCGAUUUGUGCAGCUCCCAUCUCCCUCGACAACAGACACCUCUCCCUCCGCAUCUAUCCCCUCCCGCAUCAUUCUCUAUCCGCCAUCAUUCGAGUGAUCUGCCUUUUGAGGCGAUUGAGUUGAUUUGUGCGGCUCCCAUCCCAUCUCCCUCAACAAUACACACCUAUCCAUCCACAUCCAUCCACAUCCAUCCACAUCCAUCCACAUCCAUCCACAUCCAUCCACAUCCAUCCACAUCCCUCCAGAUCCAUCCACAUCCAUCCACAUCCCUCCCGAUCCAUCCACAUCCAUCCACAUCCAUCCACAUCCAUCCACAUCUAUCUAUAUCAUUCUCCGUCCAUCGCCCUCCGUUUGAGGCGACAGUGGUUCAUUUAAAAAGCGUCACCAUUCAUUUGCAUUUCCUGGUGAUCGUCUGCCAUCCCCUCCCGCUUUCAGAGUGUGCUCCUACAACUUUUAUCAGACACGCCUCCUAUCGUCUGCCAUCCCCUCCUGCUUCCAUUCUGCUGAUUCCUCCCUUUCAUGCGCUUGCCGUUUCAGGGGCCUCUUGCGGUUAGACUCGCUAAAGAGGCGGUCAAUAAAGGCCACGAUGUGGCAAUAAAGGAUGGCCUUGCAAUAGAGGAGCGAUGCUAUCAUGGUGUUUUGAAAUCGAAAGACAGAUUGGAAGGGUUAGCUGCCUUUGCAGAGAAAAGGAAGCCAGUGUACUAUGGGCUGUAGCUUUGGGAUAUUUUCUUUAACAGACUGAUCAAGUAAAAAGCCGCCGUACACAUUCCCGGAAUCCCGA